AUGGCGACUCCGUUCACACCCAAGAACAACCCCGCGUUCAUUCUUCACGGCAAGCUCAAGACAAGCUAUGAAACGCUCCCAGUCCCCGAUGUAGGCCCCGACGAGGUGCUGGUCGAGGUCAAGCACACUGGAAUCUGCGGCUCUGAUGUCCACUUCUACAACACGGGCAAGAUGGGCCUCGUCUCGUGCUGCUCGGCCAUGUGCCUGGGCCACGAGUCUGCAGGCGACAUUGUCCGCCUCGGCGCCAACCUUGCCAAGAAGGCGGCCACAGCCAACGGCCACUCGGACGCCAACAGCGCCAACACGCUCCAUGUUGGCGACCGCGUCGCGCUCGAGCCCGGAACCACUUGCCGCAUGUGCGACGACUGCCGUAGGGGCCAGUACCAGAUCUGCGAGCACAUGGAGUUUGCAGCGUACCCGCCAUUCCACGGAACGCUGCAGCGCUACUACAAGCUCCCGGCCGAUCUCGUGUACAAGCUGCCGGACUCGAUCGACACGCUCUACGGCGCCAUGAUGGAACCCCUCUCCGUCGCGGUCCACUCGGUCGCCAACGUGGGCGCGCUGCGGACCAACCAGAACGUGCUCAUCAUGGGUGCUGGACCCGUCGGUCUGCUGGCCAUGGCCGUCGCAAAGGCCCUGGGCGCCAAGCGCGUCAUUGGCGUCGACAUCAACCUCGACCGUCUCAACUUUGCAAAGUCGUACGCCGCCACGGACAUUUACGUUCCCAUCAAGCAAAACGACGGCGAGUCGCGGCCAGACUACUCGCUCCGCGCGGCCCAGGACCUGCUCGCGACCCUCGGCGUCCCCGAGCGCGGCCAUGGCUCCAUCGACCUCGUCGUCGACGCCACGGGCGCAGAGGUCUGUAUCCAGAUGGGCCUCAACGCGGUGCGUCCCGGCGGCACACACGUCCAGAUCGGCUUUGGCCCCCCCGACGUCACCAUCCCCAUGUUCCGUACCGUCACAAACGAGAUUGUCCUCAAGGGCGCGUGGAGGUACGGCAGCGGCGACUACCCCAUGUCCAUCGACCUCGUCGCGCGUGGCCUCGUCGACCUCAAGCCGCUCCUGACUCACACAUUCCCCUUUGAAGAGGCGCUCGAGGCGUUUGAGCUCACGCGCGCUGGAAAGGACAAGGAGGGCAAGCCGGUUAUCAAGUGUGUUAUUCGUGGACCCGAGUAG